AAUACAACUUCACAACACACACACACACACACACACACAUUCAAGUAUCAGUGAAAUGAGUGAAGAGGAACUUGAAGUAAUAUAUAAUAGAUCGCGGCAGCGGGUCUGAAACAAGUACUGGGUCCGUAUUUCCCCCCCUCCCCCGCCUCCCAGUCAGUUAGACAAGUACGAGACGUGAACUUCCUCACAGGAGAAAAAGGAGAGGCUGGCACGGGCGCGUCUUCAGUACUCCACGGCAAUAACAGAGGAUCUUUUCACCUUUCAAAUCUUUCAACAUGGCUCAGAAAGAUACAAAAGGUUUUGUUACUCAUAAUUCCUUCAGAGAGAAAAAUGACAAGUACAUGUUAGAAAAAAAAAGUGUAGCAGAUCGCAUGAAAGAAAUUAAUUCUCCCUACACCCCAACUCCUAAUAGAGCAAUAAUAGCAAGUGCAGCUGCUACUAGAGCAAAAGAGGAAGAAAAAAAGAAAAAGGAAAGAAGAGAAAUGUCUCAAAGACAAAAGGAAGAAGCAGAAAGAGCAGAAGAAGAAAAAUUAGAAGCAAUGAAAAGGGCAGCAGCAGAAAAGUCUGAAGCUUUAAGGAUAAAAGAGGAAAUUAAAGCAAGAGUGGCAAGAUCAAAUGCAGCAGUAGCUGCAAGUGAAAGAGCAGAAAAAGCAGCAACAGUCUUGCCAGCUCAUCACCUUCACACAACACAAGGAACAUCUAUCAAAAAUGAUACCCAAGAGAGGGAGAAUGUCUAUAAAUCCAAUGGAACACAACUAAAAGAAAGUGCUAAAGAAAAUGCUGACUUGGUACUGCACAAUAAAAUUAAAAGGCCCAAAGAAACUGUAAGAAAAGAAGAAUUAUUGUCUAGUUACAAGGCAGCAGGGGAACCAGUUGGGCCUGUGGGCAGAAAAGAAGCAAUCAUAGCAGUAGGAACACACGGAGCUGCUUCAACAAAUGACAUGCACACAUUAAUCAGCUCCUCCCAAACUAAAGACCAAGAAAAGGAGAUCACUGAUGUAAGAACUUCAGAAAUUGAGCAACAAAUGCACAAAAAUACAAUGCACAGCCAUCAUAAUGAAAGAGAGUCAAUGAGCACUGCAGAAAAGGUGGAAGUUCAUCUUGCUAGCCAGAAUGGUGCUAGGCCAAAAGAAAAAAACGGUGAACCUUCAAUUUAUGCAGUAAAUAAUCAGGCUGGACAGAAUAGUGAUCAACUUUAUAAAAGCAGGAGCAGCACCGCCAUCCAACAAAAUGAGAACAACAGCUAUAGGCAAGAAAAGGAAAUUAUAUCAGUGACAGGAAAUGAGGCCUCACAGUCAGAAGCUGAUGGAGGCAAGAAGGAAAUUGUAUCUGUGACAGGACAUGAAAAAUAUACUGUAGGGGAAUCUGAGGCAUCAUCAUCAAGAUAUGAAGACAAGAAACCAAACGUCCAUCAUACAGAACUAAACAAAAGGACAGUGGAGAACUCAGAGGUGGAGGAACAUAUACCAGAGGACAUUCAAGGCUAUCAGAAUGGACCUCCAUCAGCUAAUGGAGAUCCCAGAGACACCAAUCAUCAGAGAGAGCACAGUCGCAGGAGUCAGCAGUACUACACCCCCCCAGCACAGAGGAAUGAAGGCUUCCGGCCCAGCCAUCAGCACCCCCACCACAGAGAACAAUGGAACAGCAACCAUAACUAUGACAAAAGGGGGCAGAGACCUCAAAACCAGCCACCCUUCAACAGCCACCCACAUGGUCAGCAAACCUCACAACUUCAUGGUCCCCAAAGAGCUUUGAUUUGUGGAUCCUGUGGAGAAAAAUUCAAUUUGAAAAAGAAACUGCCAAGGAAUUUGUACUGUGGCCAUUCCCUUUGCACUCAAUGUAUAUCAAAGCAAACUUACUAUGGCCAUCAUGUGGCUUGUCCUUUAUGUCCAUUACAUACAUGGCAUGUUAAAAAUGCUUCAGAGUGUCCAGUCAAUCAGCCUUUGUUGAAAAUACUCUCAGAAGAAAGCAUGCAAUAUGAUGUAGCACAAGAAAAAGAAAGCAAAGGACCACACUUACCUGAAGGCAGUGACAUAAGGCAACGCCAGUCCCAGCCAGGGAAUGACAGUGUGGCAAGGGGUGGCAUGGGGCAGCUAGGACAUCAGUCUCUCCCACCAAGAUCUCCUCAUGGAAGUAAGUGUUUGGAGAGUGGUGUGCGCCCCUCCUCCUACUGCUGUACCUGCAAGGUCUGGGUGUGUGCCAGGUGUGCUGAAGCUGAGCACUCAACUAAAAGGUGCUCUGUCAAGCCUCUCAAAGACCAACUUGCAGCUAUGAAGCAGGAUAAUGAUCAAGAAGGCAAAAGAGCACAAGAGCAACUUAACAAUUCUCUACAGAUCCUAGAAAAUAGCCUUGAUGAAGAUAAGACUUUCCUUAUGUGGAUGAGAGUUGCAUAUGAGCGCAUAGAGAAAAAAAACACAAUUAUGGAAAAGAAACUAGAAGAAGGCAGAGAAUUAAUGAAAAAAUUGACUGAUGCCAUGGAGGCUGUGUCAAUUGCUAGAAAUCUUCCUGAGGCUUUAGCAGAGUUUCAAGGAAAAGAGGACAUGGCCAAAACAGCUCAGCAGUGGGGGUCAAGUGCUGAGCUCAAUGCCACAGCCAGUAGCCAGGAAACAACAGUCUGCCUUAAGCACCUAUUGAAGAGGACCCUUGAGUCACUCGAGAUUGAUGAAAAUGGAAAAUCAGGAAUGUAUGUUGUAGACAAGCUUCUUGGCUCUGAGCUGUGUUCAGAGCUGAGGGUUGAGGGAGGAAGGUUCCAUCUUCACGCCUUAAGGAAGGGCCAAGCUACCAGUCAAGCAUUUCGAGCCUUGCCAGUAAAGUGCAUCAAGUUAUGCCAGGCUACCGGGUCAACCCUCAUCUUCCUGGACCUGUCAUGGGGUGAGGUGGAUCGUGGCCGUCUCUACAUACGCCUCACGGGGGACACACUCCGGGGGCGCCAGUUCAUCAGCCUGUGCAUUGGUGAGGAAGGCAUCUCCUUCCGAGGGACCUGUUUCCAUAGGGUGUGGUGGAAGGGCCUGCCAGGAGAGCAUGUCUGGACAGGAGACUAUGAGAAGAGUGAUGGCAGUGGAGGAAGGUCACUUCUUUCACCUAACAGCCACAAAGACAUUCCAGCAGGCCGGAAGGUCCCCAUCUCGGCAGGCUUGGUGGCUGGUCGCUACGAGAAAGAGGAUAUCAGUACAAUCUUCCGCAUAUACACAAAGGAGGAGAAGGAAGGAAAAGAUGAAGCUGGUUUUGGUCAGGUGGAGUUUGGGUUAAACAUAGUGAAGGAAGCAGUCAGGGUCAGAAAUAUUACAGAUGUGGUGAUCAGUGACUGUGGCCUUGUGUUGGAGAUGUAAGAAUUUCUAUACAUGGAAUUUGCCUUGUGCUACUCAUGGUGCACCCCCCCAAAAAAGGAAAAAGAAAGAAAGAGCAUUGUAUAUCAGUUCCUUUCCAUUGUUUAUCAGAACUUCAUUCUUUUGAUAUUUUGAAAUGCUUAACAUACUAUGAACAGGAGAUACAUAAUGAAGUCUGUUGUAUGUUGCCUUUAAUGCAUCAGACUGAAAGAGUAUUAUAUAUCAGUUUCUUUCCAUUGUCUAUUGGAAGUUCAUUCUUUUGAACAGUUGAUGUAAGUGUUUUAUAAACUUUGAACAGGGGGCACAUAAAUGAAGCCUAUGUUAUAUGCUGCCUCUAGUGCAUCAGACUGAAAUAGUAUUGUUCAUCAGCUUUCCAUUGUUUAUUGAAAUUGCAUUCCUUUAAUCUUUUGAAAUGUUUUAUGUAUUAUGAACAGGGAAUACAUAAUGCAGCCUGUGUUGUAUGCUGCCUCGAAUGCAUCAGACUGACCUAUACAUCAGCUUCUUUACAGUGUUUAUGAAAAGGUAUUUUUUUUAUUGUUUGAAAUGGUUUACUUUGAACCAUACGCAUAUAAAUGAAGUUUGUAUUGUAUGCAGUUCCAUUACUUGAGACUCAGUGGUUGUCUUUGUCUUGUUCUAGGCUAAUGGUAACCUAUUUC